AUGACUGGGCGAGCACGAGCUAGGUCACGUGGCAGGGCCGUUUGCCAUGAGAGACCCGGAGCUGACCAGCCAACAGAGACGGCGCCUGUGGGGGCCCCACCUGAAGAGGGCAAGGUUGGACGAGGAAGGCAAAAAACUACUCCAGGUCCCUUUACUGAAGAAGCUCUCAUGCAGAUAUCUGCUGGAUUUCAACAAGUGAAGAUUUGUGAACGUGGAGGCCAUCGUCGAGAUUUCAAUGAUGCUGGGAUCAACACAAGACAAGUGAUGGAACAUGUCAAAGAUUCAAAGUGUGGAACAUCGGGUCGGGCCAUUCAACUCUCCGCAAACUUCUUCCGAAUUUUGUCACGCCCUCAGUGGGUCUUGUACCAGUACCAUGUGGACUUCAAACCUUCAAUUGAGUCUCGUCGCUUCAGAUCUGCAAUGCUCUAUCAGCACGAAGAAAUCCUCGGUUCAGCUAGAAGUUUUGAUGGGGCGUUGCUUUUUCUGCCUCACAGACUGCAUAGCAAGGAGACUGUGCUUUGUAGUGAGAUGAGAAGUGGAGACAAGGUCCAAAUAACUGUGACACUGACCAAUGAGCUCCCACCAGUGUCUCCGGUGUGCAUCCAGUUUUAUAACAUCAUUUUCAAAAGGAUUCUGAGAGUUCUAAAGAUGCAACAGAUUGGAAGAAACUACUACAGCCCAAACGAUCCUCUUGACAUCCCAAAGCACAAGUUGACUAUAUGGCCUGGAUACACUACAACUAUUCUGCCGUACGAGUCUGGCAUCAUGCUGUGCACUGAUGUGAGCCACAGAGUUCUUCGUAGUGAGACUGUCCGCGACUUCAUGAUCAACCUCAAGCAGACCGCUCCCGCUCACCGCUUUCCAGACAUCUGUGCCAAGGAACUUAUUGGUCUGGUUGUUCUCACUAAGUACAACAACAAAACGUACAGGGUUGAUGACAUCGCAUGGGAUCACACACCCAACAACACCUUUAAGAAGGGAGACACUGAGAUUUCUUUCAGGAAUUACUUUAGUAAUCAAUACGGAAUAAACAUCGUCGAUUGCAACCAAGUGAUGCUUGUCAGUCAUGUGAAGAGGUUGGGACCAAGUGGGGGUCCACCUCCUGGACCGGCCAUGUUGGUCCCAGAACUGUGCUACCUCACAGGGUUGACUGAUAAGAUGAGAUCAGAUUUCAACAUCAUGAAAGACUUAAGUGUACACACAAGACUGUCACCUGAAGACAGAGAGAGACGCCUCAGCAGAUUUGUCAUGAACAUCAACAAAAAUGAGGAAGCUCAAUCAGACAUGGACAAGUGGGGUCUCAGCUUUGACAAGCGGCUUGUCCAGAUCACCGGCAGAGUGCUUCCAACGGAGAGGAUGUUUCAGGGACAAAAAUCUUACGAGUAUGACGCCAAUAGUGCUGACUGGGCCAGAGAGAUGCGUGGAAUACCUGUGAUAAGUGCCCCACCUCUUUCUAACUGGUUGAUGCUUUUCACACGACGUAAUAUGAAUGAGGCGCAGGGACUUCUGCAGAGCCUUGGAAAAGUCAGUGGUCCACUUGGUAUCCGUCUACAACGGUCUGUGAUGAUUGAAUAUGAGGAUCAUCAAGAAUCUCUGCUCAGAGCUCUGCAGCAGAAUGUGACACCACAAACGCAGAUGGUGGUGGUGGUUUUAUCCAGCAAUAGGCAGGACAAGUACGAUUCAGUCAAAAAGUACCUCUGUGUUGACUGCCCUGUGCCCAGCCAGUGUGUCCUCGGUCGCACCCUCAGCAAACCUCAGGCGCUGAUGACCGUGGCCACAAAGAUAGCACUUCAGAUGGCCUGCAAGAUGGGAGGAGAGCUGUGGAGUGUGGAGAUUCCUCUGAAGCAGCUGAUGAUUGUUGGCAUUGACUGCUAUCAUGACACCACCGCAGGGAAAAGGUCCAUUGGUGCUUUAGUUGCCAGCUUGAACCACAGCAUGAGCAGGUGGUAUUCGAACUGCGUGUUGCAGCACAAAGGUCAGGAGAUCAUGGACGGUUUGAAGAAAUGCUUUGGAGGUGCUCUGAAGGAAUACCUGAAGUUUAACCAGUGUCUGCCCACUCGCAUAAUUGUGUAUCGAGACGGGGUCGGAGAUGGGCAGCUCCACAGUGUUGUCAACUAUGAAGUGGCACAGAUCAUAGAGGCCAUCAAAUCUAUGGGUCAAGAUUACAUGCCAAAGCUCAGUGUGGUGGUGGUGAAGAAGCGCAUUAACAGCAGGUUCUUUGCACUCAUCAACGGCAAAGUGUCCAACCCUCCACCAGGCACUGUCGUGGAUUCAGAAGUCACCCGCCCCGAGUGGUAUGACUUCUACAUCGUGAGCCAAUCUGUCCGACAAGGAUGUGUGUCUCCAACGCACUACAACGUUGUGUACGACACCACGGGGCUGAAGCCUGACCACAUGCAGCGGCUCACAUACAAGCUGUGCCACAUGUACUACAACUGGCAGGGAAUUGUCAGAGUUCCCGCCCCGUGCCAGUAUGCCCACAAGCUGGCCUUCCUCGUGGGGCAGAGCAUUCACAGAGAGCCCAAUGUGAAAUUGGACAACCUGCUGUUUUACCUGUAG